AUGUCAUCCAACGCUACAAUCAUCCUCAUUCGCCACGCUGAAAAACAUCACUGGGAUCGUGGCCAGAAUCCAUCUGAAUUAUCUAUCGCAACCUAUCAGGAUGACCACCACUUGUCUACCAAAGGCUACGAACGUGCUCAAGCUCUCGUAGCCUACUUCAACCAUCGUCAGGAAAUCAUAGAUGCUAUCGGCAACGGCAUCACACACAUUAUUGCACAAGCUGUAGAUUCUGGCCCUGAUCCUUUUGGUCAAAGCGAACGACCUGUAAGUGCUGAAACAGUAGCUCCAUUCGCAAACUCGAAGAACAUUCCAUUGACUAAAUACACCAAACGUCAGUUAACUGAAGCUGUCGCAUUCAUGAAAUCCCAACCCGCAAGCCAAAUCAUUGUCUGCUGGGCUCAUCAACAAUUACCUGAAAUGGCUAGGAUGUUGGGUGUUCCCGCUUCAAAGGUACCAGAAAAAUGGCCAGGCAAGAGAUACGAUGAAACGUGGAUUAUAAAAUUAGGAAAUAAUGAUAGUCAACCAUCUACAUUGGCUCAGUACCCUCAACGUCUGUUAUUUGGAGACUUUGACGAAAUCAUCCCUCUGAAAAAACGUAAAGAUAACAUUACUACAUUGGAUGAAAACUGA